AUGGCGCGCGAUACUUAUCACAGACGCUCACUGGGCACUCUCGCCAGACGGAUCAAAGAGUCGCGUGUACUCCUCGUCGGCGCUGGCGGCAUUGGCUGCGAGUUGCUAAAGAACCUCCUCCUCUCCAACUUUGGCGAAAUCCACAUCAUCGACCUCGACACCAUUGACCUGAGCAAUCUGAAUCGCCAGUUUCUUUUCCGUUUCGAACACAUCAAGAAAUCUAAAGCAUUGGUCGCCAAGGAGGUCGCACAAAAGUUCCAACCGAACGCCCGGCUCGAAGCCUACCAUGCAAACAUCAAGGACAGUCAGUUCAGCGUGGACUGGUUUGCCACUUUCGAUAUCGUCUUCAAUGCGCUGGAUAACCUCGAAGCUCGUCGUCAUGUAAAUCGCAUGUGUCUGGCGGCGGACGUGCCUUUGAUCGAGAGUGGAACAACCGGGUUCAACGGUCAAGUGCAGGUCAUCAAGAAGGGUUUGACUGAAUGCUACGACUGCACAUCCAAAGAGAUUCCGAAGUCGUUCCCUGUGUGUACUAUCCGCAGCACCCCGAGCCAACCGAUCCACUGCAUUGUCUGGGCGAAGAGCUACCUUUUCCCUGUUAAGCAGGGACUGACAUCUUCAAGUGAGCUUUUUGGUAUUAGUGAUGAGGACUCCGGCGAAUUCGAUCAUUCAGAAGAUGCUGAGAAUUCUGCGGAAAUCGAAAACCUUCGCAAGGAAGCACAAGCUCUCAAGGAAAUUCGCCAGUCGAUGGGAUCGGACGUAUUCGCCAAAAAGGUCUUCGAUAAGGUUUUCACUGAGGAUAUUGAGCGUCUGCGUGGAAUGGAGGAUAUGUGGAAAACUCGUACCCCUCCAGAGCCUCUGAACUUUGAGAAGUUGAAUGAGGAGUCGACCGAGGUUCCGACUACGAUAUCAUGCAACGACCAGAAGGUCUGGUCUACCGGUGAGGAUUUUGUGGUAUUCAAGGACAGCCUGGAUCGACUAAGCAAGCGCCUCAAACCGUUGCAAGAGGCCGCGAAUGAUGACACCAAGCCGAUUCUUGUGUUUGACAAGGACGACGUUGAUACGCUGGACUUUGUCACAGCUACGGCGAAUCUUCGUGCAACAAUCUUCAAAAUCGAUCCCAAGUCAAAAUUCGAUACCAAGCAGAUGGCUGGUAACAUUAUCCCUGCCAUCGCCACAACAAAUGCCAUGACUGCUAGUUUGUGUGUGCUUCAAGCCUUUAAGGUGAUGAAAGGAGAGUACGACCAGGCCAAGAUGGUCUUCCUCGAGCGGUCGGGCGCGCGCGCGAUCAACUCUGAUGCUCUGCAACCUCCCAAUCCGAAUUGCCCGGUUUGCUCCUCCGCGAUUGCCCGGCUCAAAAUCGACCCCAAGCGUGCGACAGUCAACGACCUCGUGGAGCAGAUUCUUAAAAUGAAGCUUGGAUACGGCGAGGAGUUUUCACUCACCACAGAAUCGGGUAUUAUCUACGACCCAGACUUGGAAGACAACCUGCCGAAGAAACUGUUGGACCUGGGCGUGAAAAAUGCGAGCUUCAUCACCGUUAUCGACGAUGAAGAUGAGCCCCGCGUCAACCUCGAGCUUUGUGUGGUUGCUUCUGAAGAUCACGGCGCCGCUGGACAAGACCCUAUCACUAUCGAGUCCGUUCCCGAUCUUCCGCGUAAACCCAAAACACCAACUCCAGCGGCCUCCGAGCAGGUCAACGGCACAUCAGAGCCGGCAGCCGCAAAGCUGAAGCGCAGCGCAGACGAGGCCGGAUUGAGCAACGGAGACGACCGCGUCAAGCGGGUUGCGGGAGUGUCUGAGGCAAAUGGCGUCGGGUCUAAUCCUAUUGUUCUGGAUGAGAGUACAGGCGGUGCAAUUCUGAUUGAUGAUUGA